AUGAAAACUAUAAUUCUUCUUGGGCUUCUGGGAGCCACAAUGUCAGCCCCACUUAUCCCACAGCGCCUUAUGUCUGCAAGCAACAGCAAUGAGUUACUUCUGAAUCUUAAUACUGCUCAGCUUCAGCCACUACAGUUUCAGGGCCCAUUUAAUUCAUGGAUUCCUCCUUUCUCUGGGAUUCUACAACAGCAGCAGCAAGCUCAAAUUCCAGGGCUCUCCCAAUUCUCUUUAUCAGCUUUUGACCGGUUGGCUGGACUGUUCCCAAAUCAGACACCUUUCCCAGGAUGGGUCAGUUUUGCCCAGGGAACUCAGGUGGGACAGCUGGACCCCUCACAGCCUCAAACAUCACCACAGACCCAACAGGGCUCUAAUCAUGUUAUGCCCUAUGUGUUCUCCUUCAAAAUGCCUCAAGAGCAAGCACAGAUGUUUCAGUACUAUCCAGUCUACAUGCUCCUACCUUGGGAACAACCUCAACAGACAGCCACACAGUCACCUCCACAAACAGGACAGCAGCAAUUUGAGGAGCAGAUGCCAUUCUAUACCCAAUUUGGAUAUAUUCCAGUACAAGUAGAACCUGUUAUACCGGGAGUCCAGCAGCAACUAGCCUUAGAUCCCUUCACAGACACAGCUUCUGAAACUGUUGUGAUGCCAGCAGGAGCACAAAAAGAAAUGAUAAACUUUAAGCAUGCCAACAGAGGACUUUUCAUUCCUUCUACUUCACAAAAACCCAGCACUACAAAUUAUUUUGCUCCUGCUAUAGACCCAACUAUUACCCCCCAGGUGAUGGAAAAGAAGUGGGCCAAGGACCGCUUUACACCUAAGAUGACUAAGGAACUUCCAGAGGUGGGUGUCCAAGUCAAACUUAAGGCAGCCCCACUGAGCAACCAAGACUGUCAGCUGUACCCAACCCAGUCUCAGAAGCAGCAAGGACCUCUGGUGGUUUCCAGCCAGAACUGA